AUAGGGUAACGUGCUGUCAAAAUACCAAAAUUUCGCGCGUUGUUUAUGGAAUGCGGAACGUGUUUUCCCGUAAAUAACGUUCCUGAAAUAUUAUUUUACACAGUUUAAUGUACAUAUGUAACUAAGCUUGCUAAUGUGUUCUUUAAAAAAAUCACAGAAAUAUUCUAUCCUUAAAAUGUAUUGAUACAAAAUUAAUUUCAAUUGUAAUCACAAUGAGCUCUGGGAAUGUAAGGCAAGAUAAUUUUGAACCUAAUUCGUUUGUUCGGAAAGCAACGAAAGGUAAAAUGUCUGAGGAUAGUGCAGAACAUUUAACUGUUAAAAAACGGUCUAAGCCAAACAGCAAAAGCGAAGACAACAAACCUAGCAAAACUGGAAAAACGACUGAAGUAGAAACCGAUCCAACUGUAUUGCAGAGACGUCAAAAACAAAUUGACUAUGGAAAGAAUACUGUUGGAUAUCAUAAUUACAUUAAAGAAGUUCCCAUAGAAACACGUGGAAAAGAGGAUCCAAAAACGCCUGAUAAAUAUACAAAAUACAGUCGUAGGUCAUGGGAUGCACAAAUUAAAUUAUGGAGGAUCAAAUUACAUAAGUAUGAUCCAAAUGCAAAUAGCAAUACUGAAGAAGUUGAAUCAAUUAAAUGUAAAUAUGAUUAUGAAUCUGAUUGAAAUUUGAUCCUCUACUGUGAGUUUCCACUACCUAAACACUUGUAUGAAAAAUUAUUGUUAUCUCUAUUUCAUAAAAGAGAAUAAGAGAGAUGACAAUAUGUUUUUAGUACUGGGGUUUCGGCAAGAGAAAGUAUUAGACUGUAUCUCAACAACACUAUAUGUGUAAUGUAUGCAUGAGUUUCUUAGUUCAUAUGGAGUAAACAUUUUUUUUGUAAAAGUUACAGCAGUGCAGAAUCAUGGUGAAUAAUGUAUAUUUUUUUACACUCAACUAUGAUUUUUUUUAUGGGAUAAUUAUGAUUAUUUUUCUUUCAUACAUUGACAUAUUUAAUAUGAUUUUACAUUGAUACAUUUAAUAUGAUUUUAUUUUGAGUUUGGGAAGUAUAUGCCGACUCUAGUAUACAAAGAUGUGUCUGUUAUAAUUAUAUAGCUUAAGGAUUAUUAUUGAAAUUAAGAUUAAUGUUAAUAUUAUGUACCAUUAUACACUAGUAUAUUCUUUUGAAUUAGCUAUUGUGUAUUUUAAAGAUACAGUAGUUAAUAGGAAACAAAGAAAUACCAGAUUUUUAAGAUAUCAAAUACUAGCAAGGUAAUAACUGUAGCCAAUUAAUAUUAUUUGAUGUCUGAUUUUUUUUCAUGGAUUGGCCACUGAAAAACUACUUAAACAGAAAUUGAAUAAUACUGAUCUAGAACUCAUACUAAAUUAUUUUAUAGAUUUACUUGAGUUUUUUAACUAGAAAAUCCUUGGUUUAUUUUCAAGUAUAUUUGUGUAAAUAAAUGUAAUGUUGUAAGUGAUUC